GAGAAAGAAGCCUAUCAUUUAUUUUCAAUGGUGUAUACUUGCUCAGUGGAUCAAUCAGGGUAUAAGGUAUUUGUUCUUAAACAUCUUCUUUUCUUUCCGGAUGAAUUGGGUAAAGUUGCAGCAAACAUGCCACAGAAUUUGAGUUCCAGGAGAUCAGCCUUAAGUCAGUAUGUUGCGUCAAAUAAUUUUUCUGCUUUUACUGAAGAUGCAAAAACAAGAGCCCUGGUUAAAAGCACGAGAGAGAUAUUGUUUUUAUGUGGAAAUAACAAAAGGGCUGUAAUUGCAACUUUAAGUGUUGUUUCUGGCGGAAUUGAAGGAUCCGAAGGCAGCUCAAAGGAUGUGUUCAUCACACAAGCACUUGAAGGCCUUUCAAUUGAAUCAGCUUCUGAUUUGCAGAAAGUUCUAAGAGUAGUCACUUUCACAUCAUCUACAAGCGCCUUUAAGAGGCUUGAAGCAAUGAUUCCCAUUUUUCAAAGUCGCAUGGGAGCACUGCUAUUCCUUAUCUCGGCAUUACUUUCUCGAGGACUGGAUCGUGUUCAAGCUGAUCGGGAUGAUCCCAGCCUACCCUUAGUAACUGCACCAUUUGGCCAUGCUUCUCAGGAAAUUGUGAACUUAUUGCUCUGUGGGCAAGCUGUUCCAAAUGUAUUCGACGGGAUGAUGGAUUUAGGUGGUGGCAUGUUUCUGAAGGGUAUACCUACAAGGGUGGAGGUUGGAUUCCUCACUCUUCUAGAAUCCCUUAACUUCUGUAAGGUUGGUCAAAAUCUGAAGUGCCCGAAAUGGCCAAUAUGGGUUGUUGGAAGUGAGUCGCAUUAUAAGGUCCUGUUUGCUCGGGAUACAACUGUUCAAGAUGAGAAUGAAUUGGAAAAAGGGAAUCACAGGUCCGGAAAGCCUUUGAUGUCCAGGAUCAGAGUGGAGGUGGUGGCUUUAUCAGUGUGGAAGCUUUCCAUCAAGUACUCAGGGAGACAAGUAUCCUACUUCCAUCUGACAAACUCGAUAGCCUUUGAGCCUCGGGCUUCAUUGUAUGGAGUGAGUUCUGGCAGGUUAUUUUGGAUUUGGACAAGAACUUGGGAGGUCUUAAGGAUUCAACUGGACAGAUGGGUAGAAAGAUAUUUGACCUUUACCAUUUCAAUGGUAAUGCAAAAUCAGAUUUGAACAGCAGUCGAGCAACAGUGGGAGGUGAGUCUCCGGUACAAAGACCCAGGCUUACGAAAUUGAGGGUCUCAGCACCCCCGAGUGGACCCCGGAGGAAUUCAUGGCAGAUGUAUCAGUUCACCAAUCGAGUGGGAAAGACACUCAAGUGGCUAAGCCCGAACAACCUCCGCAGCAUGCACCGUUGGUGGACUGCAUUAGAACUCGCUGGCCUCGUGCUGUUUGUAAUUGGAUUGGGGACCCUCCUAGUAUAGUCUGACUGUAUUCAAUCACCUCCUUGCUGUCGAGGAACAUGCUGGAACGAAACUUAAAUGAGACAGAAAAUGCGGCAACAAAGUGGUAAUACCUGGCUGAUUGCAAACGACAGGACACUGUUAUUUUUUCUGGUUUCGUUUGUUUCAGGUUCUGUUGUGUAUUUGCUGUAAUCAUCAACAUUCGAGUUCAAAUUUCAUGUGUCAAUUCUUAUA